AUGGACGAUAACUUGGAAGUUAACGUUGCUGAUGACAAUGACAGGAAAUCUUUGAAAGAGGCAUGGUUUUCAAUGUUGAAACGUUUCAAAACACAAAAUGCGGGUGUUGAGGUAAAUCCAAAUGGACGUACAAAAGGCAACGAUACCCACAGAGAACAUUUUAGAACAAAGAAACAGACUGCAGUAAAUAAUUCUCUUCCACCUCCAGUUGUCACCAAGUAUAAAAAUGUUUGGCCAAUAACAAUAAACUUUAAUGAUGGUGAUAAGCUUGUCGUCGGUACUCUCUCUUGUAAUGUUCUUGUCACUUCGUCCAUUCGCAUAGACAGAGUAGAAACACCAGUAGUAGGAGCAACCAUGCAUAUGAACUUAAGUCAACACUCUGACUCUUUAUCUAUAAGCAUAUAUCUUGACAAGAAGUCGGUUGAACUUGCGUUGAACAUUGCUAAAAAUGAUAAAUACAAACAAUUAAAUGCAUUUUUUGAUGAUGGUUCAACAUAUUACCUUUGUCGUUAUUCAGGACCCUUAACACAAAGUCAUACUUGUCAUCCUUAUUCUGUAUUUACGUUGUUCGAUUCCGACAUGGGCAGAAGCUCUGCGUCGAACAUAUUUGGUGUUAUUGCAAUUGAAGUCUUGAAGAAAGGUAAUGAAGCUCAAUUGAAUAAAGAUGUGGUGUCAGAGUCUCUAGAGAACUGCAACAAUGAAAGUAUCAGCAAGGUCCGGGAAGAAGUAUUAUUGUUGUUCAAUACUAGUGGGUUGUCGAUCCCCAUUCUUGGAAAUAGCGUAUUGAACAAACAUUUACAAAAUCUUGCGAUAUUAUUACACCCCUAUCUUACUACAGCAAAUAAAUCUGUCCAAAGUGCAAUAUUACAAACUUUUAAAUACCUCGAUUAA